AUCUAAUGGAUGCCAUCACAGCUGUUGUGAAAAUAAAAAUUCUGUUAGACAACCUGACCUGCUUUUGUUAACCCCGAAAAGUGGGUCCCAACCCAGGAAAACAGAAAAAAGAAAAAAAUAAAAAAUAAAAAAUAAAAAGCAGGUCAAAACUCAAAAACCCCCCAACACAUCCUCUCAAAUCUCAAUGCUUUUCUUUUCUCCUUGGUGGGCUCCACCCCUUCCGCCAAUUACUCCAGUGACGUCACUCCCCCUCAUACAAAACUCCCCACCCUCUUCUCCUCUCUUCCCAAGCUCCAAGCUCUCCAUUCAUGGCGGCUCCUACCUAUCAUCUCUUUUCUCUCCUGCUCUCCCUCCUCUUCUUCUCCCCUGUCUUCUCCCGGACCACGCCUUCUCCGACCAUCACUACCGCCACCGCCACUCUCGACGUCUCUGCGUCUCUUGACCUCAUCACUCGCGCGCUCUCCUUCGAUCCUUCACCGGUCCAGCAAACCCUAGAUCCUGAGAAAACCAAGCUACAUUCCGGUAACCCCAGCGAUCUUUCCCUCAAACUUCAUUCCAGAGACUUCCUAUCCACAACGCCGCACAAAAACUACAAAACCCUAACCCUAGCUCGUCUCCGCCGCGACUCCGCCCGAGUAUCCGCCAUCACUGCACGAGCCGCACUCGCGGUUAACGGCAUCUCCAGAUCCGAUCUAAAGCCAUUGUUCGAUCCGGCGAUGACGACCACCGCCGCCACCGGCGAUGAUCUCCAAGGUCCGAUCGUAUCCGGCACGAGCCAAGGCAGCGGCGAGUACUUCUCCCGCGUCGGCGUUGGCCGGCCGGCGAAACCCCUCUUCUUGGUCGUCGACACCGGCAGCGACGUCACCUGGAUUCAGUGCGAGCCCUGCGCCGAAUGCUACCAGCAAACCGGUGACAUCUUCAAUCCUUCGUUAUCGUCGACCUACUCCCCGCUCACCUGCGAGUCUGAAUCUUGCCGCGCCCUCGACGUCUCCGCCUGCCGGAACUCCUCCUGCCUCUACCAAGUCUCCUACGGCGACGGAUCUUACACCCUUGGCGACUUCGCCACCGAGACGAUCUCCUUCUCUGACUCCUCCCCGGUUUCCGGCGUCGCCAUUGGCUGCGGUCACGACAAUGAAGGUCUCUUCGUCGGCGCUGCGGGACUUCUCGGCCUCGGCGGUGGAUCUCUCUCGUUCCCUUCCCAGAUCUCCGCCCGUGCCUUUUCCUACUGCCUCGUCGACCGCGACUCCUCCGCCACUUCCACACUCCAGUUCGGUCCCUCCGCCGCGCCGGAUGCCGGCGCGGUCACUGCGCCGUUGCUCCAGAACCACCAGAUGGACACCUUCUACUACGUCUCCAUGACCGGGAUCAGCGUCGGCGGUGAGCUUCUCUCUAUCCCACCAUCCUCCUUCGCCAUGGACGAAACCGGCGCCGGCGGAGUCAUUGUGGACUCCGGCACUGCCGUGACCCGGCUUCAGACCGACGCCUACACCGCCCUCCGUGACGCUUUCACUAAGCACACCGGCGACCUCCCGGCAACGUCCGGAGUGGCGUUAUUUGACACUUGCUACGAUCUCUCGUCAAAGACGACCGUACAGGUGCCAACAGUCUCGUUCCACUUCCCCGGCGGCAGCGAGCUGAAACUUCCGGCCAAAAACUAUCUCAUUCCGGUGGACUCCGCCGGGACGUUCUGCCUGGCCUUCGCCUCCACAACAGCGCCGUUGUCAAUCAUCGGUAAUGUGCAGCAGCAGGGGACACGCGUCAGCUUCGAUCUUGAGAACUCUCUCGUGGGUUUCUCUUCCAAUAAAUGCUGAUAAUAAAUGGUGGUAAUAGAGACUGGUGAAUUCUCUUACAACAAUUAUAUGUUAUCUACUACUCUAGUAUCUAGUAGUAAGUAAUGUUAUUGAUUACUAGUUUUAAUUUUUAAAUUUGUUGACUAGAUGGUGUUAAUCUCCCGGAAUAAGUGCUGUGGAGAAGACUUGAGAUAUUUCAUAGUGUUUGUUUUGUUUGUUGUAUAGAGUCUUGUGUCGUUGCUGCAUUCAUGUGUCUCUCUAUGUUCAUGUGUUUGUUGUGAGUGGGCGUUAAAUGUAGCCCACUUCUUGUACAACAACAAUGUAUUCAAUUUCUCAUCUAUUUCUUGUUGUUUUAGGUA